UACCUUAUCUCCAGUUGAAACCUCUUUCUUUUGUUAGGUACCCAAUUCCUUGGAGUUUUUAAUAUUUCUCUCUUUCUCUCUGUUCAUUGAAGCAAAGCUAUGGAUUUGCUUCACAAAUUCUUGAACAUUGUACUCCUUCCUAUAACUCUCACCGUAUUACUGCUCUUCAUGCCACCAUUUCUUUUUCUCAAGUUUCUUUGGUCCUUAAAAAGAUCCAUAUAUAGAGAAAAUGUGGCUGCAAAAGUCAUACUCAUCACUGGAGCUUCUUCAGGAAUUGGUGAGUAUGUUGCUUAUGAGUAUGCAAAGAGAGGAGCUCGUUUAGCCCUUGUUGCUAGAAGAGAAGAUCGUCUUCAAGCAGUGGCAGAUAGAGCCCGUAAGCUAGGGUCACCAGAGGUUGUUGUGGUUUGUGCAGAUGUUUCCAAGGUUGAAGAAUGUAAGCAGUUUGUUAAUGAGAUAGUGAGCUACUUUGGACGAUUGGAUCAUUUGGUGAACAAUGCUGGGGUAUCACAAAUAUGCUUGUUUGAAGUGUUCACCCAAUUCUCUGAUAUUGCUUCAGUUAUGGACAUAAAUUUCUGGGGUUCAGUGUAUAGCACCCAUUAUGCAGUUCCACACUUAAGAAAAAGCAAAGGGAAGAUUGUUGUAAUUGCUUCAACUGCAGCUUGGUUAGGUACUCCAAGAUUGAGCUUCUACAAUGCAAGCAAGGCAGCCCUGAUAUCCUUUUUUGAGACAUUGAGAACUGAAUUUGGACAGGAUAUUGGAAUUACAAUUGUUACUCCUGGAAUAAUAGAGUCAGAAAUGAUACAAAGGUUUUCUCAACAAAAAAAAAAGGAAAUGACACAAGGCGAAUUUUUUUCAGAGGCUCAAGCUAACUGGAUCCCAACUGAGACAACAGAAGGGUGUGCCAAGGCAAUUUUGGACAGCACUUGCAAUGGAGACAUGUAUUUGACUGAGCCAUCAUGGAUGAAGGCGGGAUUUUGGGUCAAAACCUUGUGUCCUGAAGUAUUUGAAUGGUGUGUCCACUCACUUUUUGUCAUUUGGCCUUGGACUUCAAAGAAGGACUAGUGCUGGAAAUGAAUAGACAGUUUGAGCUUGACGUGAGAAAAAAACUUAAAUAUGUUCAUUUAUUUAACAAAUAAGCUAAGCUCAAGCUUAUUUUACCCUCAACUAUGAAUAAGCCAAGCUCAAAUAAAAUAAAGUAUUCUUGAACAAGUUCAUGAUUAUGAAAGUUUGAGUUAAGUAUAUAUGACAUUAUAUGUU